AUGAUGACUACAGGUAACAAGCUGUGUGAACAUAGGGAUGUUGUUAAGAGAGGCGGUGCCUCCACAGGUGGAUCUCCAGGAACCUCAGGUCCCCUCAGCACGCACGCAGCCCCAGCUUGUCCUGAAGCCCAAACCCCCUUGAGUCCUAAGGGGCUGAACUCCUUCUGCCGGGACGCUGGCGCCCAACGUCUCAAAGCAAAAGCUCUGAAGCGGCCUAAGGAGAUAGAACUCCCCUCAGCUGGGCAGAGCCCAGUCCACCUGGAAGGCACAGGUGCUGUGGGUUUAGAAAAGCGCCCUCAGCGCUCCCUUGUGGUCAGUGUGGGACAUGCAGGCCACGCCUGCCUCCCAGUUCACUGGACACCCUGCUCCCUGCUGGCUGACCCGCUGAACUCAGGAAACUGGACAUCCAGAAAAGACUACAGGGAUGUUUCCUUACUUAGAAGCUCCACCACCCCUGCAUCUUCUAAAGGAAGGACAAAGUUGAGGGAAACCCACAGAGACCGACCCAUAUCGGGGGCUUUUACUCCAGUGCUGGAAAAGAUGCCAUUCAGUCCCUCGCAAAGGAAACUUGAAUGCUCCAUGGAAGGUGGCAACACAACCACGGUCACCGAAUUUGUUCUCCUAGGACUAUCUAACAACCCUCACAUCCAGGCAGUACUAUUUGUAACAUUCCUGGUGGCUUACCUCCUCAUCCUCACAGAGAACCUGCUGAUGCUGCUGGUGAUCAGUACUGAUUCCCACCUCCACAGCCCCAUGUACUUCUUCCUCAGCCACCUCUCCUUCCUGGAUGCCUUCUAUUCCUCCAUCAUUGUCCCUAAGCUGCUAGAGCACCUUCUUUCCAAGUGGAAGACUGUAUCCCUCCUUGAGUGUUUCACCCAGAUCUCCUUGGUCAUAUUUUCUGGAGCCACUGAAACUUGCCUCCUUUCAGUCAUGGCCUAUGACCGGUUCCAGGCUGUGUGCCACCCACUGUUGUAUGCGGUGGCUAUGAACAGGAAGGUGUGCACUGGCCUGGUGGGAGCAUCCUGGGCCAUAGGAAUGGGGACGGGCUUAGUUAACACCAUCCUCCUGGCUCAGCAUCACUUCUGUGGCCCCAACCUUGUCCGGAGCUUUGCCUGUGAGCUUCCCCCAGUGCUCCUGCUGGCCUGCUCUGACCCCUCCGUUAGCAUUGCCUCCAUCCUGACGACCAUGGUAAUCCUGGGACUUGUCACCCUUGUUCUCCUGCUGGGUUCCUACACCCGUAUCAUCAUGACAGCCUUAAGGAUCAACUCUGCCACAGGUCGGAGCAAGAUCUUCUCUACCUGCUCAUCUCAUUUCCUUGUGGUCACCAUCUUCUAUGCUUCAGGACUUUCCAGGUACAUGACUCCAGCUUCCGGCUCAGUCUUGGAGCAAGUGCUGUCUGUGCAGUACAGUGUGGUGACGCCACUGCUUAACCCCCUCAUCUACAGCCUGAAGAACCAGGAGGUGAAGGCAGCUCUGAGGAGGAUGCUGACCAAGAAGCCCAGGCUUAGCUCCUAAGCCAGGCUCC